CAAGAGAAACUUCCUCAUGGUAAAAUUCGGCCGAAGUUAAUAUAAUUUAACAAAAUUAUUUUCCAGGUGUUUUUUUACUGUAAAUAGAAAGGCACAGAUCUAGUGCCGACCUCGGCAUCACAUCGGCAUGGUUCGUUUUAAUACCGAAAAUCAGCCCCAACCUAGAACCCUUCCUUUACAGUCUUCCCUUUUUAUUUUAAUUAAUCAUCGAGCGCAAAGCUUACUUAGAUUAUCACAGUUCAUUUAGCGUAGCAUUUGACUCGCCAUACAUCACAUGUGGCAACCCAGCAUACUGCGUAGAGUUAUGGUCACAUGAUCAAGUCCCCGGGGACGCGGGAUAUCGGUUCCAGUCUCAUUGUCGCUGAUAUCGGAGUAGGUUGGUGCAAUAAGUGAAAAAAAAAGUUUCUUUGUCGUCCGGGCGCUUAGUGUUUGUGUGAGGAAGAGAGGAAAAAGGAAAAAAAAAAAGUGGUGCAAAGUGAUUCCCUUUUUUAUUUGUGAUGUCCCUACCAGAUUUCGACAAGGGCGGCAGGGAGGAAUUCCAUACCCUCACGGCCUUUUCUGAUUCAGCAUCAGAACCCGCUGAUCUGGAGGAUUAUUUGGACACUCUUUGGAGAGUUCAAGAGUUUUUCAGGAUUUACCCGGAGGAGGACCAAAAACUCAGGAGAGGGAGGUUUAUGAAACGUAUCUGGGUGCCGGAUAAUCUUGAUGGGGAAAUCGCAGGGGAAGAUGCGGCUUGCGGUGAUGAUACCCCGCAUUCCGGUACCGGCUCGGAGGAGAAAAUCUGCAGGAAAGAGGAAUGGGCCCAACGAGGCCCUCCACUCCCUGCAGUGAUUCGCCUACUAAAGUACAACGCCGCCCUUCAAUCCUUUUGCAUUCUAGGAGCAUUGAAUUCCACUCGAGGAUUUUUGAUUAAAUUCGGGGCUUGGAGACCAGCCCCCCAUAGAAGAGAUGAAGGGGAGGCCUGGUACCAUGAUGUCCGGUUGGCUAGAGAAAGCCACCCGAAACUCUACUCCCGCUCUCGGUGGUACCAGGAGUAUCGGUGGGACGAGGCUACCCAGCAGCACUUAUGUCGCGGCUUCUGGGCCAUGAAGGAUUUCGUUAACCUGACGGAGGUGAAAGAGGGGCGAGAAUCUACCCGACUUAUUCAGGGUAAAUGGCGCGGCAAGGACAGCAACAUUUACUGUUCAAUGAGCUCGCUCCCAGGGGUGCCUCCUGCUACUGGGUACCAGCCCUUUAAUAGGAUAUUACGACUUACGUUUCUCCAAGCGUUCUUUUGGAGCCGUGAGGGGAGGCCGCAGGGGCGCUGUCGGUGGGCAUUGUCCUUUAACGUGGAACCAGAUGAGCAGUGGCAGGAGGUCGACUCUAAUGGACUGCUCAGGAAAGGGCCGUGGACCGUGGGAGGAGAUGAUCGAGACCCUUUAGAAGUGCCUAAUUAAUUAUGCAUAAGGGAAAAAUUUUAUAUAGCAUCCAUCUUUUUUUUUUUAAAUUUUUAUAUGUACUUAAUACACCGGUGAGAGAAAUCCCUUUUUGUAUAACCUUAUGAUUGCUCAUGUUACUGUUCCAUCUUUUGGUUUUCUUUAUUUUUCUAUUCUUUAAUAAAUUCACCAAUAUUUUCCUAACGCUUGCUGUUUUUAUUCUGUAAUUUUUUUUUUUUAUUAAAUUUACUUCCCCCUUUUUUUUUUUAUUCGGCUGUACAUUGUUUCAUAAAUAGCGUAGGUGAAUUGAAUAUAAUAGU